UGACGUUCGCUCGUGACGCGCUGUGUGCGAGUGCGUGAAAAAGGGAAAAUCCGCGCGUGAUUGCUUAGUGGCGGUUCAUGCGUGUGUGUGUGUGCGUAUUCGAUGGGAAAAGGGCCGUGUGCGGAAAGGCAAUGUGAAAAGGAUGCCUUGCGAGGUAGUAAUUAAUAGGUGAAUUUUGUUACUGGUGAAUCGUACGUCGACAAAAUGGAAUCAGGACAUUUAGGAACCUGUGACACGGUUGUUUUGAAUUAAAUCAUAUGCAGACAGACAGUUAGCAGCACACCCAUCCAUCCCCAUGUGACACGUGUACUGCCAGUUCCGUGCGUUUUGAUUUACGGAAAAGUCAGACAACCCUUCGGGGACACCCUCCUAUCCGGUUUCGAGAGAAAGGAUCAGAGCGAGUGUCCGUGGUGAGCGAAAGAGAAGAAAAGUGCCAGGGAACAGGGAGAGACGGAAAGGCAACAACAACAACAGAAAAAAAAACGAUUCGCAGCAGGAACCGUGAGCGCGGGAAGAAAAUCAAUAAAUUUCACUCAAGGUUAUUCACACUGGUUGGGUUCGGGUGACUCGACGGCUACUGUGGCAGUAAUUCCGUGGCACAACAAACACACGCUGGAAGGAAAUAGGUGCUUGGCUAAAAAGAUGUAAACGGGUGCAGCAGAACGUCAUCGUGUACCGUAAAAGGACGUUCAGCUUUUUUUGCUGGCAACAAUAGAAAUAUCCCGAGGCUGACUGGUUUAUCCAGCACGGGAAACGAACGGACAAUCCGGAAUAAAUUGAGCGUUCCCCCCGUCGUUCGGUUGCUCGCUUUUUGGAUUGUCCUUUAAAGAAGUGCUUGUGGUGUCUCUGUGUGUUUGUUGGUGAGCCAGAGCUGUGCAUGUGUCUGCAAUUCAAAGCAGGAUUUAUAAAGUAAACAGAGGCAACAUCUUAAGGACCAAAAGCCAAUAGGAACGAAAGUCGACCAAAAAAGAAAGGAAAAUCCUCGAAAAUCGUGACAUCCGGAGGGAACCGCAGAACCAGAUUUUAGACCUAGUGUUGUUGUUGCGGAAAAUAACGAAAAAGACAAACCAAAUGGUCAAACCUUACUGUGGCCUUGGUUUUCGCUACGAGCACGGUGACGACUCGGUACAAAACCAAGUCAUGAAAAAUGUAAAUUUCAUUCCGAACCAUCCAUGAAACGGACCACUUUCCGGUGCGACUAGAGGACACAAGAAGCCGACAUUGUGAGACACAAAAGUGUCCUGUUUAUGGUGAUGUCUUGCGGUUGACUUCAGGUAGCAGCAGUGUGAAGGAUCUGCCGGGUGCGUGAAUGAGCUCAGAACUCAACUCCAGAACUAGCGAAGAAGGUAACUGUGUGGAACUUUCAUUUCGGGCACGGUUGGUGGAAAGUGUGUGUGCGGAGAAGUGCCCGUGUGUUUUUGUAUGUGUGUUGUGAACAGGCGAAGAGUCCCAUCCAGAAAUCGGGUGCAUCCAGUGCAACAAGAUGGGUAGGUGCGUGAACGGUGGCAGCAGGAUGUGGGCCUCCGUAGGGCUGCUGCUGGUGACGGUGUGCGGUUUUUGUGCGAGUUCCGGUGGCUCUACGCCCCAGUGGGAACAUCUGGUGGACUUUGAUCCCAACUAUCGGCUGCUAUGGAGUGUCGGUAGUCAGGAGGUGACGUUCGAGAUUCAGGCCCGAACACUCGGCUAUGUUGGUGUUGGGUUCUCCCGCGAUGGGACGCUGGUCGGUGCGGAUAUCGCCAUCGGUUGGAUCGACCAGGGACAUGUCUAUCUUCAGGAUCGUCACAUCCGACCGGACAGCGACGGUGAACCAAUUGUCGACUCCUCCCAGGACUACACGCUGCUGCUGGGAUACGAGAACACAACCCACACCGUAAUUAGAUUUAAGCGCAAUCUGGAUACCUGUGAUAUGAAGGAUGACUUCCCGAUAACGAACGACACGAUGCGUGUUCUAUUCCUUUACUCAAAGGAAAAACCGCUAAAGGGAUCGAAUGCAGCCCUACCCCAGCCACUCGUUGCCUUCAAGGGUUCGCGUUCGAUUUUCCUCACGCAGCGUUCCAGCCAGGACGAGCUGCAGAAUGCACCGAGCGUUAGCAUUCUGGAGCUCCGCAACGAAGACGUCGAGUUGCCGGACAGUGACGAAAGUCUUUACUGGUGCAAAAUCUUCAAGCUGGACGACUUCGUACAAAAGCAUCAUCUAGUGCGGUAUGAACCCGUGUUCGAUUCCAGUACGAGCGUCCUCUACCUAAACCAUCUCAUCCUGUACGAGUGCCAAGGAUUGUCGCCGGAUCUGGAGCAACUGUCCCGCCAGCGUGGCCAACCCUGCUUCCGGCUGCAACCGAUGCACUGCAACACCGUCGUAGCUAAUUGGGCCCGUGGAUCUGACGGAUUCACCUUCCCGCCGGAAGCUGGCUAUCCGCUCGAGUCACAUCAGGCCACCUACUACAUGCUCGAGACGCACUACAACUAUCCCGACUACACGUACGAUUUCUCACCGUUCUAUCGGAAGAAUCUCAGCAAGCAGCAGCGCAACAUGAACAUUAAAUCGCGCGACGAAACGGUCGAACCACCGCCAGAGGACAGCGAUCCGCGCUCGAACGCUGACGAGGACCUGACAGACGACAUGGACGAUAGUAUCGCGAUGGAGCAACAGAUGGUGGACAACUCCGGCUUGAAGCUCUAUUACACGCACAAGCUGCGCCAGCACGAUGCGGGCGUCCUGUCCGUCGGGCUCGAUCCAAACUGGCGGCACAUUAUACCACCCCGGCAGGAGAAGGUUGUCUCCCAGGGACACUGCAUUGGGGCCUGCACCCAGCACGCAUUCCCACGCGAUGGCAUCAACAUCUUCGCCGUCAUGAGCCGUACGCAUCUGAUCGGGCGACAAGUGAAGCUACGUCAGAUCCGAGGAAGUAUGGAGCUUCAGCCAAUAAUGCGUGACACAAACAUCGAUCCAAGCUAUCAGGACUACCGGCGGCUGACCGUCCCGGCCCGGGUACUCCCAGGUGAUAGUCUCGUUGCGGAAUGUAUCUAUGACAGCUCGUCCCGCAAAUCCAUCACUCUCGGUGGCAUGACGACCCGGGAGGAAAUCUGUAUCAUCCUGACACUGUACUACCCUCGUCAGCGAGAGUUGACAUCGUGCCAUUCGCUGCCAAGUCUUCCGACCGUACUACAUUCGCUGGGCAUCGAGGAGUUGGCUUCUGGGACCAACCCGGUUGUGAUAGCAUCCCCAGCAGACCUGGCCGGUAUGACGCUCGAGAGACGGCUCACAUCCUACGACUGGGAGAAUCAGUUCGAAAGCUUCCAGGACGCAACGAGGCAGGGUUCCUUCAAGCCACUCUGCUGGACACCGACCAACACGAUGCUACCGGGCAUUGAAUCGGAAUCGUUCAGCAGUAACAUUACGCGCUCCUGGAAACCGGUGGACAAGUGUCGAAACAUUCACACCAACCUGGUCACCGAAACCGGUCCCAACAUGAUCGAUAUGCCGGCGAUGGAUGAUCACGAGUCGACCAAUAUGAUCGAUAUCGAUCUGAAGGCAAAAAUGUCGCGCAGCGGACAACAGACACCGCCGACCACCAACCAUCGUCAGGUGGGCCGUAGCUCCGGUUCAACGCUGCUCGAAUCAUUCCUCGCCCUUACGGUGGCUGCAGUUCUUGGGUUCGCUUUACAGUAGGUACAGUGCUCGGAUUGCCGCAGCUAGACCAAGGGAUACGGAAAAGCAAUAAAUACACAUACCGGAUCACUCUUAUCGAUGACGACGCACCCCCUUUCGGAAGCUCAUUAAACCGCGCAAAACGGAAACAAUAUACGGAGCCCGAUACCGAACCCCCUUUAGGCGUGGAGUUACUCCCAAACACACACGCGUUCUCUAUCUCUCUUAUCUGUAAAUAUGUCAUGUAUCAAACGGUACGCUUCGGGGGGAAAAGAAAGGGUCACAGAAUGGGUACGCCAUCCCUCUGCGGGAUGACCCGAACGUGUCGGGUCGGAGAACAUUUGUAUAGUGAAGAAGAAGGCACACAAAAACAACAUUUGAAAUGGCACACAUGAGCAGUGUAUAUAAUCUCAUCUGCAUGUAAAACCGUACUAAUGUAGCACUGUAAAAGGGCAAAGCAAAAAGAUACAACCAGCGUUUUACGAACAGGAAAGCGAACUUAUCCCACACGUGGCAAUAUAAGCGUUGAGUAAUGUGUAAUGUAUUUGUGUUUUAGAAUUUGAUUUGAUUUGUUGUUUUGUUUUCUCUUCCUUAUGUCUUUAAAUUAACACUGAGUAUUAUUUUCAUAAACUUAUAUUAUAGAAAACAAAAAAACAAAAGCCGAUAGGUGUCAAAGACGUAUCAUUAUCAAACACAACAUCAUCAUCACAAGAACAUGUAGUUCCUUUUACGAAGGGACAUGCAGUGCAACCUAAUGACAAGUGGGUAGUUUAAAACUCAGACGCAUCUAGAAUUGUAAAAUGUCAAACUGAAAGAGAGCAAACAACACUCACUCAAACACACGCAAACCAAAGUGAUUAUGGAAUAAAAUGUCAAAUAAUUAAAA